GCAUCACUUUAACUUCUGUAAAUACACUGUCAGAAAACCGAUAGGAAUGUCCCUCAAACUGGAAAAAGACCCUCUCCCAAUUAAAUAUCUUGUCAUCGGAAUUGUAACAAUCACUCUACUAACCACUGCAUAUUCACUUUACAAGCCGCUGCCCGAUGGAUUCACUGUCAGCAAGUGGGACCGAGCAGUUAUGCACAUUGUUGAGCCAGCUCUCCGCGUGGCCUACUAUUACCCGAGUCAUAUGUUCUCCAAAGCAAGCAGCAUGGUUCAGUGGACUCGCGGGGCGCUUAAUCUCCUGUCAAAGUCACUGGGUCUGAUGGUUAACACGCAUGGGCAAAUUGAUAUAAAGUGGCAUGUUUGGAACGGAACACCGGUCAAGGUCUACCAACCAAUCAACAAUAAGACCGCAACUAACGGAGCUGUCAUUUUCAUCCACGGUGGAGGUUUUGCAUUGGGAAACGUCGAGAUGUAUGACUCUUUGGUUAAAAGAAUGGCAUUUGAAAUGAGAACUCUUUUCAUUUCUAUUGAAUAUCGUCUUUCACCAGAAACUGUCUUUCCCGGUGGAAUCAUGGAUUGCGAGGCAGCAAUUGAACAUUUAUUUGAAUUUGGAGCAGUUCAAUUCGGAAUUGAUACAUCGAAAAUCGUGAUUAUGGGUGACUCGGCUGGAGGAAACAUGGCCACCGUCAUUGCUCAACGUCGUGCAGCUCGAAAUGCAUUUCCAAAGCUGGCGGGUCAAGUUCUCAUCUAUCCACUUCUUCAGAUGGCAGACCUCCAAACAGUCUCUUACCGAUAUUUUCAUUCCCGACUGAAUGGAUAUGCUCUAGUCGAUCCUGAAUCAGUUGUCUACUAUUACAUGUUCUACGCCGGAAUCAACAUGGACGAGAAGGCGUAUCUGGUUCCAAGUGUCAUUUCUAAUGGGCAUGUUUCUGACAGUCUAAAGUCGGAAGUUGACAAGAUGAUGGAAUAUGAGCACAUCAUCGAAUCGACCCGUACAUACAAGAAUCACAGCAUUCCCUGUAGGUGGCCAGUGCGACCAAGUUUUGAAGCUCAGCAACUCAUGGAGCCAUUUCUCAACAACCCGGAUUUUUCACCUCUCAUGAAGAAAGACGUGUCUAAUUUGCCACCCACAAUGGUUGUUACUUGCGAGUUUGAUAUUCUCCGUGAUGAAGGUCUUAUUUAUGCACACAGAUUGGAGAGCUCGGGUGUUCCUACAACAACGAUCAAUUACAAGAAUGGUUUUCACGCAAUGCUCAAUUUUCACAGUGAACUCAAUGAAGCAUCCAAUGCCGUUUACGAUAUUGAACGAUGGACUUUAAACGCCAUCCAUACCGUCCGUCACUAACAAAUAGUGUUCUUUUUCAUUAGGAACAGUUUUAAUAGAUCCUUUAUUGUUUUUGAAACCCGUAUUUAUUAUCGCAGCCCGUUUUGUUUCUGUGAUUCCUAUUCUCCUUUCAUUGUUGUGAAUUUUUACGGUUGUACGCAUUUGAAGAUACUCUUGUUUAUUUUUACUUCUGUCUGACUUUUUACUUUUUCACUAACUCCAAUCUUGUUUCCUUUUGUAACAUACAUUACCAUAAAAAUUGCUUGAUUAUGAAGAUAAACAUUAACUGUG